CUAAAGUAGUAAAAAUAGGUAUUUUUCAACCUUAGGGUGCAAAUCGCCUUUUUAAUUUUAAUUUGAGGGUGCAAGAUGCCCUUGUUUAAUAUUUGGGGUACACUCUGCCAAAUUAGCCAUACAUUGGGGGUGCAUAAUGCAAUUUAGCCCAAAUUAAAGUUUGAUUUUUUGAAGAGGGGGAGUGUCUGAUCACUGAUGAAAUCAAUUUUCCCUCUUCUCUGCUGAAAAUUGAAAUAACUUCAAAUUAGGGUUCUUCACUGAAUACAAGUAACAACAAUCCCGCUCGUCUAUCUUCCAGAAUAAUAAUAAUAUUGAAUGCCGCUGUUCAAGAAGAAAUUUACUGCUCGGAUGAGUAGCUUUUGGUAGUCAAAUGCUUAACGGAGAGAAACCAUGAUAAUUUCGGGUCCGUUAAAUUCACCAAUUUGGACGGCCCCUGAAAUAGCAGAGGCCGUUAAUGGAAGAAUCGUCAGAUGGGCCCCACCCGGUUCAGUCUCCACCGAUACUCGGUCCAUUCAUCCGGGUCAAUGGUUUCUUCCCCUUGUCGGCCGAAGCUUUGAUGCACACACCUUCAUAACCCCUCAAUUAUCCGCCAAAGGGGUUGUUGGAGUCAUCGGCAACCGCGUCUGCGAAAACUGGGACAUGGGUUUUGUUCAAGUUGAUGGCAGCACCACAGAGUCGCUAAAAAGAUUGGCAAUGUUUGCAAGGAAAAGGUUUAGUGGCUGCUUGAUUGGUUUGACGGGUAGUGUGGGCAAGACCACCACGAGAGCUAUGAUAGCUUUGGCUCUGGAGAGCAUUGGGUCAGUUUACCAGAGCCCCGGAAACUGGAAUAACGAUAUCGGGGUUUCGUUGUCUCUUCUCGGGAUGCCGGGGAAUGUUGGGUUUGGGGUUUUGGAGAUGGGUAUGAGCAAGAGAGGAGAAAUCUUGGAGCUUGCUGGUAUUUGCAGGCCUAAUGUAAGGGUGAUUUUGAAUGUGGGAGCUGCACAUUUGGAGAAUUUUGCGAGCUUGGAGGAGAUCUCGAUUGCAAAAGGGGAGAUUUUGAGAGAGGCAACAAUGGGGGAUGUUUGUGUUUUGAAUGCCGAUGAUCCUCUUGUUAUGGACCUUGCUGUUCCUGCUGGUGUCAAGAAGGUGCUAUUUGGAAGGAGACAAGGCUCUGAUGUUCGGCUAGUUUCAAUGCAGAGUAUAGAUGGUGGUCUUAAAGUAGAGACCGUUUUGGAACAUAAUGAAGAAACGGUCAAAUUUGUCAUUCCAAGUCCAGGCCUGCAUUUGGCUCUAAAUGCUUGUGCAGCUGCGGCUGUUGCAACUUCCUUGGGAGUUCCUCUUGCUCUAGUCGGAAAAUCCUUGUCCAGGUUCAUUCCUGUCCCAGGGAGGUCUGAGUUUCAAGUUACUACAAACGGUAUUAACAUAAUAAACGAUGUCUACAAUGCAAGCCCUGUCAGUACAAAACAUGCACUCGAAUCACUAAGUGAUAUUCACUGCUACGGUAAAAGAGUUGCUAUUCUUGGGGACAUGCUUGAACUUGGUCCGACCGAGAUCAAGUUACAUGAACUGAUUUUACAGCAUUGUCUGGAUACUCGUGUUGAUUUGGUCGCACUAGUUGGCAAGAGGUUUCUGGCAGCAGCUAAUAAUUUACAGGUGGGGCAGGAGAUAAAUAUGCUACAUGCUUACGAUUCUGAAAGCCUUGCAUCCGACAUUUUGGAGUACUUGCACUGUGGUGAUGUUGUUUUGGUGAAGGGUAGCCGUGGAAUGAAAAUGGAGAAAAUAGUUCACGCGAUCAAGUCCUAUAGUUCUAACAAUGUGCAAAGACAGUUCUACUGCUAACUUAACAACCAAAAAGUCGCUUUCUUUUUUAUUGUAAGAUCGAUUUGGGGAUUCAACGGCUCCCAAAAGUCGCAUAAUUUUCUUUUCAUCUUUCCAUUUCAAUCUUCAUACUACACCAACACCACGAAAGGUACUGUAAAACUUAAAAGUAUGUAAUAAACUAGGUGUUCGGUUCUACAAA